AUGAAUUCGACUCCCAGAUGUUUAUUUCGUGAUUGGAGGACUUUCGCCUGUUCUCUUCGUUUCCAGUCUUCAGUAAGAGGUUCAGAAGACAACCAGUUAAGCGGAUGGCGAAAGAGUUUUAAAGAACGAGGUGCAUGGACAAGCAAAUUUGAACUAUUUUCUCCAAAGACUUCCAGUGAAGGACUACUAAUGCGAAUGAUUCGAGCUCCCAUAGACCUUCGACCUGGAGUUAUAAAACGUUGGUGGAAAAACAAGAAAGAAGAGUAUAAAAUGUUCGAGCAGUCAUAUAUACCAGAUCGACACGAGAUUCUUGGUAAUGACCUUGCAGCAGCUCAUUUUGUAAUUUAUAGGGGAGGUAAAGUAAAAUUUUCCAAUGAUAAUAAGUGGCAUGCUGGAAAAGAACAUGGUCUUCCUAAUCGAAAGGAACCUGGUUAUGAUUUGGAAGCUGUGGAUGCCUCGGAUGUGAACCUAUAUUACCAAGGGUUGUUCAAUUUCAAGGGUUUGAAAUAUCUGAAGUCCUUGAGGUUAAGGAACUGUAGACAUGUGGAUGAUUGGUGUUUAGACUAUAUUAGUGGAGAGCUCGGAACGUUAGAAGAACUGGAUUUGCAAAAUUGUCAGAAUAUUACUGAAAGAGGUUUAGCAUGUUUAUAUAGAUUACAACAUUUAAAAUGUCUGAAUGUCAAUGGAAUACCACAAAACAGAAGUUUUGAGUUGACAUGCUUACUCCUGGAAGAAACAAUUCCGGGUUUAACAAUCGAAGGUGUAGACUAUGUUAAACAGUAG